UCUCACCCUCACAGCUUCUUCAAGAUUUCAAUUUACACAACCCCUUUUCAACCCUCCCCUUUCUUUCUUUCUUUCUUUCUUUCUUUCUUUAUCACAAAAAGAUUCUAUUUUUAAAAGAUUCAUAUAUUCGAAGCUCACAUUUAACCUAUACCCAUUUGGUAUUUUCGUUAUUUUUAUGUUUUUUAGGUUGGACACUUCUAGUUAUUGAGCAAGAUUUACUCAGGGUGUCAUUUCUUUGAUCCAUCUCUAGUGGCUUUAUCAGAUUAUUAGCAAAGUUUUACAGAUGGGUGAUGUGGCGAAGGACUUAGCCGCCGGAACCGUAGGAGGGGUGGCUCAAUUGGUGGUUGGACACCCUUUUGAUACUAUCAAAGUCAAACUCCAAAGUCAACCUACUCCUUUACCGGGUCAACUCCCUAAAUACUCUGGUGCAAUCGAUGCGGUUAAAAAGACAUUAGCAGCCGAAGGUGCAAGCGGCCUAUACAAAGGUAUGGGGGCCCCACUUGCCACGGUGGCAGCCUUCAACGCUCUUUUGUUCACGGUUAGGGGUCAAAUGGAGACCCUACUGAGGUCUGCACCUGGUGCACCCUUGACUGUGAACCAGCAGUUCGUUGCUGGAGCCGGUGCAGGAGUCGCGGUCUCUUUCUUGGCAACCCCAACUGAGCUGAUCAAAUGCAGAUUGCAGGCGCAAGGUUCAGGUGCAGCCGUAGUGGCAGAAGCCAGUGCAGCUGCCACAGCAGCAGUGAAAUACGGUGGUCCAAUAGACGUGGCAAAGCAGGUCCUGAGAUCUGAAGGCGGCAUUAGAGGUCUAUACAAAGGAUUAUUUCCCACAUUGGCUCGUGAAGUCCCAGGAAACGCCGCAAUGUUUGGCGUCUACGAGGCCCUAAAGCAGUAUAUGGCUGGUGGGACCGACACUUCAGGGUUAGGCCGUGGUUCACUUAUGUUGGCAGGUGGUUUAGCCGGUGGUGCGUUUUGGGUUUCGGUUUACCCAACCGAUGUGGUCAAGAGUGUUAUCCAGAUUGAUGAUUAUAAGAACCCGAAGUAUACUGGGUCGAUUGAUGCUUUUAAAAAGAUUGUUAAAGCCGAAGGAAUUGGUGGUUUAUAUAAAGGUUUUGGACCCGCAAUGGCUCGAAGUGUCCCCGCUAAUGCUGCUUGCUUUCUAGCGUAUGAAAUCACUAGGUCCAGUUUGGGCUAGUUGUAACGCGGUUGUGAUUUAUAACAUUCUUUGUACCGAAUAAAUUAAUUACUUUUUACCAUUGAAAAAGAUUACUCAUUGUAAACUAUGUUUGGUACAAAUUUUUGCAUGGUUCA